AUGAUCGCCCGGCAAGCUUGGUGCGUCGCUACCUGGGUUCAAAGCUGUGCACGCCGUUCUUGGAGUGCAAAGUCGACGGAAGUGCAGUUACCACAUCGCGCAGUGGCUUGUUUACCACCGAACGAAGUGGAAUGCUUUGUUGGUACUUACGAGAUUUUGAUGCAUGCUUCGGGUGCUCAGUUCCUUAGCGGUACUAAAAGCAGCAGUGACGAAGACAGUGAAAAUUAUGACGAUGGUGAUGAUGAUGUUGAUUAUGAUGAUGAAGGUGGUGAUGAUAGGGAGGAGGAGAAGGAAGAAGAAGAAAAGGAAGACAGUAAUAUGACUGAUGGUGUCGAAGUAAAUGGAAAAGUUUAA